GUUUACUACCAUGGAGUGUGGAUGUGAAGCCCAAACCUAUGGGCCUUAUUUGGCUGACAACUGCGGGGCAGGUAGUUUUAUCGUUUUCAUGAGUUUGAUAGACAGCAUCAUACGAAGCACAUGUGACGUUUCAGCGAUUUGUGAUAGAGUCAAACCCAGAGCAAGACCCGAUCCAGUAUAUGACUACAUCGUUAUUGGAGGUGGAAGUGGAGGCUCAACUGUAGGUGGAAGAUUGGCUGAAGAUAAAUCACGAACAACUUUGCUGUUGGAAGCUGGAAUCGAUGAACCUGAGGCUUAUCAAGUACCAGCAUUCAUCCUUGCCUACUUCACCAAUCCUCUCGUUGACUGGAACUACAGAACAACUGGAGAACCCGUUGGUUGUCAAUCUAAUAAAGGUCAAUGCUUAUGGUUAAGAGGAAAAAUGUUAGGAGGUACUUCAGUUAUAAACGGUAUGAUGUUUACCAGAGGAACACCACCAGAUUUCGAUAAAAGAUGGCAAGGAGCAGGCAUUGAUGGUUGGGCUUACAAAGAUGUCUUACCUUUCUUUAGGAAAGCCGAAGGUAACCAACAGUACGAACAAUACGAUCCCAAGUACCAUGGUAAAGACGGACCAAUGACAGUAUCUAAUCACUAUUACGUACCAGAUUUGGCGCAUGCUGUUAUUCAGGGUGCUGCUGAAGCUGGGUUCCCUAUUUCUAAUGAUUUAAAUGGUGAAAACUACACAGGAUUUGCCAUUCCUCAGACAUUCAUGUUAGAUGGAUCCAGAGUAAGCAUGGCCAAGGCUUACCUAAGACCCCACCGUGAUGACAAAAAUCUUCACAUUAUGCUUAACUCCACAGUCACCAAAAUUCUCAUCAACUCCCAAAAGGUAGCAAUUGGAGUGGAAUUUGUCUACAAUAACGUCACAUACAGAGUAAAAGCCAGAAAGGAAGUGAUUCUAGCAGCAGGUACCAUGAACUCUCCUAAAAUUCUGUUACAAUCCGGAGUCGGCCCAAAAGAUGCUUUGGACGCUGUUGGAAUAAAGCAAAUUCACGAUUUACCAGGCGUUGGACACAACUUGACCAACCACGUAGCUUUCUCGUUGACAUUUAAUAUCAACACAGCGCCUGAUCUAUUGGAUACUGUCACUUUUGACACUGUUAAGCAGUAUUUGGAUCAUAGGACUGGCCCUCUCGCGAGUCCAGGUUUGCCAGUUACCUCCAGACUGCCCUCAACUGUUGGUGACGCUAGCGAUCCAGACAUCCAGAUGUUUUACACAUUAACUAGCCAUAAGUGCACCUCCACAGGUGAAUCCGGGCAACCAGCCAACCCAAACAACCCAAAGGCAGUCAAAACCCUCAGCAUCUCGUCUGUAUGUUUGCAUCCAAAGAGUCGUGGUAGAAUCACAUUGAAAUCCAAUGAUCCCUUUGAAGCACCUCUUAUGGUCGGUAAUUAUUUGACUGUAAAAGAUGACGAGGAUAGAUUGGUAGAUGGUAUCAGAUUGGUCCAAAAACUGGUUGCUAGUCCUACAUUGAAGGAUAAGUGGGGUCUUGAAUAUGGCAAUAAGACGUUUGGAGAUUGCGGGGAUAAACAUACUUUUGACUCCGAUGAGUACUGGCGUUGCGCCAUCCGGUGGAAUACUGGUGCAGAAAAUCACCAAGCCAGUACUUUGAGAAUGGGUCCAGUGGGCGACAAGUGGACCGUUGUGAACAACAAACUUCAAGUAAUCGGUAUUAAGAACCUGAGAGUGGCUGACGCUUCUGCUAUGCCAGUUGUUACUUCAUCCAAUACCAAUGCUCCAAUUGUGAUGUUGGCUGAAAGAGCUGCAGAUUUCAUUAUGAGCGGAUAGGAUAUAUAGUGUUAAAUUUUUCAUGUAUUAGUGUAUUAGUUAUAAUUUAAUAUACUGUUUCUGUAUUUUUUUACUCUUAAACUGCUCAGAUUUAGAAAUCUCGUUAUAUCUUUUGAUAAUACAACAUUACAUCAAAAUGUAAAUAAUAUAUUAUAAUAAAGUUCAGGA